CUGACAGCUGGCCAAAUAUUUACUUUUCUUUAAUGAUAAAGCCCGCACUUUUUUAUAGUCAGCGGCAAUGUUACUAGGCACCAGUCUCCAAUAUCUCUUUCAUUUGUUGCGCCUGGUUGUUUUCAUCAAAAACAGUUCGACGCGAUGUCAAGCGCGGAAAGAAGAUAUUUUGAGAACAGAUUUGAAGAUUACGACGGAAGGACGAGUUUACAAAGCCCUGAUGCAGGUUGUUGAUCCAUAUUACUCAAGGAUAAGAAAUGAAGCUUACAAAUUGUUAAAACAAUGCGAGGAAGGUUUUGAGCACACUAGAGAUGAGCGUGAUUGUUCUGUGUACACGGGAACUGGAGGCAUGGCCCUCUUGUACAUGCAUUUAUCAGAAACACUAUUUAAGGAUGAUGAAAACCAAAAGCAGAAAUACUUAAAGAAUGCUUUGAAAAUUCUUGAACACUGUCAACAUGUUCUCAGAGGAAAAAGAAUGACAUUUAUUUGUGGAGAUCCAGGUGUUCUCUCCAUGCUUGCUGUUCUUUAUUCCAAACUGGGCCAAGAUGAUAAGAGUGGAAAAUGUCUUUCUAAACUGUUAAGUCUGUCUGAUCAUGUGUGUGGAGGAGAUCCUUCACUGCCUGAUGAAGUGCUCUAUGGUCGAACUGGUUACUUAUUUUCCUUAUUGUUUGUGCAACAGCACCUGGGUACUGAGAAGAUCAACCAUGAUAUUAUUAACCAGGUCUGCCAAGCCAUUUUAGAUUCUGGUGAAAGUCUGUCUAUGCAUGAGAGAAGCAGAUCACCAUUGAUGUAUACAUGGCAUGACAAGCAUUACGUUGGUGCAGCGCAUGGUGUUGUUGGAAUUAUGUUCAUGUUGCUUCAGACACUGUCAACCCAAUCAGUGCAGUCUAACUUGAGGAGCAUAGAGAAUUGUGUUGAGUUUCUUGUGUCAAAGCAGUUUCCAUCCGGUAACUUUCCCUCAUCGCUUGAAAAUGAAACAGACAAGCUCUAUCAUUGGUGCCAUGGAGCUCCUGGAACAGUUCAUCUUAUGGUCAAAGCAUAUCAGGUCUUUGGCAAAGAAAAGUAUUUGAGUGCAGCUCUCAAAUGUGGAGAGGCAGUUUGGGAACGUGGUAUUUUAAAGAAAGGUUAUGGCAUAUGCCAUGGUGUUGCAGGGAAUGCAUAUACAUUCCUCUGUUUGUUCAAGCAGACAGGCGAUGCAAAGUGGCUUCAUCGAGCCAUGAAGUUUGCAGAGUGGUGUUUUGAUUAUGGCAAGCAUGGUUGCCAGACCCCAGACCGUCCUUUCUCUUUAUUUGAGGGAAUGGCUGGUACAGUUUACUUCUUAGCUGAUAUAUUGCAACCUAAAUCAUCAAAAUUUCCUGCAUUUGAGAUCUAGCUGCUUUAUUCCCAGCUGCCUAG